GUCUCCUGGUGUCACCUGUCCGGAGGAUCAUUCCGCAGCCUGCACAGAAUUUUCGAAGCGAGCAGGCAGUUUUUCGCAAAGACCUAACUGAUACAGCGAAUCUGGACUCGCUCAGGAAGUUUGUUUAAUUGACUGACGACAGAAAAAUGACGAAGUUAACGGUUGUCCGGCAGAGCAAUGCUGCUUUCGCAGCCGAUCGCCCCCAGUCCUCGGGGCUAGUUUGUGUCUUCACUGGUGCCACCAGUGGGAUUGGUGCUAGCACCCUCGAGGUCAUAGCAUCGAUGCUCCAUGAUUCCACCAUUUACGUAUUGGGAAGAUCUGCUGCGAAGUUCGCAGGCCAAAGAGAAAGAAUUGCGGCUUUGAGUCCGUCUUGUCGACUAGAAUUCAUCGAGUGCGAUGUAUCGCUUCUUUCCCACGUCGACACCGCAUGUAAGCAGAUUUCGCCUGAGAAGAUCGACCUUCUCUACAUGAGCCAAGGACUUGUCCCACUGAAUGGAGCCGAAUACACCUCGGAAGGCCUAGAAAUCUGCUUCGCACUCUCCUACUACUCUCGCAUCCGGCUUCUCACGAACCUGCUCCCGCUAUUGAGGAAAUCGCCUCGGCCUCGCGUCUUAAGCGUGCUCAAUGGGGGUAAGGAGAAGGCCAUUCUCGAGGAAGACCUCGGCCUCGAGAACGAGGGGAACUGGUCGACGACGGCAGUCGUCAACCACACGACCACCAGCAUGAGUCUCGCCCUGGACUAUUUGGCAGAGGACCCGGGGAACAAGAACCUGACCCUCAUGCACGCAUUUCCCGGCCUGGUGCGCACUGAUAUCUUUGCGAAGCUGAGAGCGCCCCCGUCCUCGAGCAUCUUUUGGCGCAUCGGGCUAGCCUUGAUCCGAAAUGUGGUAGGGUUCUUGAUGAUGGUUCAAGGUAUCAGUCCCCACGAAAGUGGUGAGCGCCACGCAUACCACUUGACUAGUCAAGCCUGGACCCGCGGAACGGGCAUGCACUUGAUCAAUGAAUCGAGCGAAGAGGUACCAGGAAACGCGACCUUGCAGGGGUAUAGGGAGGGAGGACUGGCCAAGAAGAUAUGGGAACACACGAUGCGAGUGUUCGAGAAGGCUCUCGGCCGAAAUUUGUCUUCGUAGGAGUCUGAAGAAGCUGGUAUGUGGUUUCGCUUCUAUUCUGUAUACGUCCGAGGAGGACAUACAUGGCGCCUUCAUACGGUGGUAAGAGCUCAAGACCCAGCGCUUGAAAAGGACACGAUAUCAAUAACUAUGGUUAUAAUACGAUAGGUCAAAUUGAGUUUAUAUCUCAUUAAAACUCGUACAAUAAAUGUUGACCACUUCCCCACACUCCCGGUAUGUAGUCCAGAAGCGU